CGGCGGGUCCUGGAGGCCCCAGCUCCAGGCCCGCCCUCGGCCGCCCGCGGCCCCUCCCUCGCCCUCCGCGCACAGCCUUUCAGUGCAGAGUAGUGACUAAACAUUACAAGAAGACCGGCCGCGCUGUUCCAGGAAUCGGGGGGCGGGGCGUGCUGGCCGGGUAAAUACCCGCGCGCGCGGCCUCCGCGGCGGCUCUAACUCCGACUCUACACUCGCCUGCUCUUGUCACCGCCGUCUCUCCGGGCUCCCGGACGCCCCCUGCCCGGCCCAGCUCUCCGUCGAGGUCCCUCGCCCAGGUCCUUUGCCUGAUUCACCCUGGAGCGCGCCUGAUCGGCCCGGGAGCAGCGAAGGCAGAGUGGGCGCACGCACGGGGAGCCCCUUUGUAGACUUCACGGCUGCCAACAUCUGGGCGCAGCGCGAGCCACUGCUGGCCGCCGCCUAGCCUCGGGGACCAUAGGAGGCGCAGCCCCAAGGCCGGAGACUUCGCUUCGGGACUAGCCCCCCGGGAUGCGGUAGCGGCCGCUGUGCGGAGGCCGCGAAGCAGCUGCAGCCAACGCCGCGCAGAUCCACGCUGGCUCCGUGCGCCAUGGUCACCCACAGCAAGUUUCCCGCCGCCGGGAUGAGCCGCCCCCUGGACACUAGCCUGCGCCUCAAGACCUUCAGCUCCAAGAGCGAGUACCAGCUGGUGGUGAACGCCGUGCGCAAGCUGCAGGAAAGCGGAUUCUACUGGAGCGCCGUGACCGGCGGCGAGGCGAACCUGCUGCUCAGCGCCGAGCCCGCGGGCACCUUUCUUAUCCGCGACAGCUCGGACCAGCGCCACUUCUUCACGCUGAGCGUCAAGACCCAGUCGGGGACCAAGAAUCUACGCAUCCAGUGCGAGGGGGGCAGCUUUUCGCUGCAGAGUGACCCCCGGAGCACGCAGCCAGUGCCCCGCUUCGAUUGUGUACUGAAGCUGGUGCACCACUACAUGCCGCCCCCAGGGACCCCCUCCUUCUCUUUGCCACCCACGGAACCCUCCUCUGAGGUUCCGGAGCAGCCACCUGCCCAGGCACUCCCCGGGAGUACCCCCAAGAGAGCUUACUACAUCUAUUCUGGGGGCGAGAAGAUUCCGCUGGUACUGAGCCGACCUCUCUCUUCCAAUGUGGCUACUCUCCAGCAUCUUUGUCGGAAGACUGUCAACGGCCACCUGGACUCCUAUGAGAAAGUGACCCAGCUGCCUGGACCCAUUCGGGAGUUCCUGGACCAGUAUGAUGCUCCACUUUAAAGAGCAAAAGAGUCAGAGGGGUACCUGGGUCGGUCGCCUCUCCUCUGAGGCACAUGGCACAAGCACAAAAAUCCAGCCCUGAUGGUCGGUAGCUCCCAGUGAGCCAGGAGCAGAUAGGCUUCUUCCUCAGGCCCUCCACUCCGCAGAGUGGAGCAGGCAGGACCUGGAAUUCGUCUGAGGGGAGGGGUAGUUGCCACCUGCUUUUCCCUCCCCCAGCUUCAACUUCUCUCAAGUGGAGCCAGCCGGCCCGGUGGGACAAUAGCAUUGACAAGCAGACUCUUCUCUCCCCUUCCCUUCCUCCACACACCCUCUGCUUCCCAAGGGAGAUGGGGACACCUCCCAAGUGUUGAACUUAAGAGAACUGCAGGGGAGUCUUCAAACUUUCCCGCCUGCCGGAACUUGUUUGCGCUUUGAUUUGGUUUGAUCGUGAGCAGGAGCCAGGCCUGGGGGAAAGAUGGAAGAGAAAAGGGUGUGUGAAGGGUUUUCUGGCUGGCCAAAGAAAUAGCCACUCCUACUGCCCAGCCUAGGUGAGGAGUGGUGGCAGCUGGCUCUGGGGAGAGAGGCAAGGGGUGACCUGAAGAGAGGUGCCAGGCUCCUCUCCCACGGGGCAGCUAAUGAAAACCUCCCAGAUCCCAAAGUCCUCUGGCACCCCAGAACCCUCGCCAUUGUGAAGAGGCAGUAGCAUUUAGAGGGGAGAUGGAUGGGGAUGGGGCUGGUGAGUUGGCCACCUUUUCCAACACCAAAGGGAGGCAGGUCAACAGCCAUCUUGGAGCCCAGGUUUCCUUUGAGCAGAUGGAAGGUUCUGCUUUGUUUCUCCUAAGUCGGGCUAGGAGACUUGCCUUAAAUGCCCUCUGUCCCAUGGAUGGGGAUUGGCACACAAGGAGCCAAACACAGCCAAUAGGCAGAGAGUUGAGGAAUUCACCCAGGUGGUUGCAGGCCAGGGGAAGUGGCUGCAGGGAGGAGACCCAGUCACUCAGGAGACUCCUGAGUUAGCGCUGGGAAGACAUUGGCCAGUCCUAGGCAUCUCUGGUUCAGUAUGGUCAGUAGGUCCGAGGGCCUCCAGGCCCUGCACAGCCCUCACCUGGGGGAGGCGGGAGGUGAUGGAGAAGCCUUCACAGGCCGCUCACAGUGGCUUCACAGGAAUGCAGCAGCCAUGGAAUUACCUGGAACUGGUCCUGUUUUGGGGAGAAACAGUUUUCUGAGUCAGGUAUGGGGCUGGGUGGGGCAGCCUUGUGUUGGGGUGGCUUUUUUCUCUCUGUUGUUUUGAAUAAUGUUUACAAUUUGCCUCAAUCACUUUUAUAAGAAUCCACCCCCAGCCCGCCCCUCUCCCCACUCAGGCCUUCUUCGAGGCUGUCUGAAGAUGCUUGAAAAACUCAACCAAAUCCCAGUUCAACUCAGACUUUGCACAUAUAUUUAUAUUUAUACUCAGAAAAGAAACAUUUCAGUAAUUUAUAAUAAAGAGCACUAUUUUUUAAUGAAAAAAAAAAAAAAAAAAAAAA